UUAGUGAUCGGUUGUGAUAAUGCUCCGCUCGGGAGUUCGAUAUUUGGUGUUUGUGGUAUUUGUGUUUAUCGUUAGGAUCGAUGGUGCUGCAAUCAAUUUAGAGCGUCCGUAUGACGACGAACCGUACUUCCCGAAAGAUUUGGAUGGCGUAAACUCUACACGGGAUCUUACAUCGAUUCAGAAAUGGAGUAAAUCUGCCCUGACAUACGCCAUAAUAAAUUACCCUGAAGGAAUGCCAGAAGGCACCGUGAGAUUAGCUAUCCGUGAUGCAUUUGAUUCGUGGAGUCGAGUGACCAAUUUGGACUUUUCGGAACAACACCCCUCUGCUCAGGUGGACAUACAGCUGGCAUUCGGAGUGAAUCACUAUCGCAGGGAGAACAUACCUUGUCAAUAUAAUCACGAAAAUACACUUGCUCACGCGUAUUUCCCCGAGCUUGGGGAUAUCCACUUCAACACGCUUCAUUUCUUCAACGGUGAUACUUCGCUAGAGGCGUUUCUCAACACGGCAGUGCACGAGAUUGGUCAUGCUUUGGGACUGCUGCAUUCCGCUUCGAGAUCGUCGAUCAUGUACGGUGCCCAGCUUAGUGAUAAUUUGCUGGUAGAGCCGCAAUCAGAGGAUAUUGAGGCAAUCCAGGCAAUGUAUGGCAUUCGAUCGAGUACGCCGCCGUCUACAACGCAGGAACCACCCACCACUACAACCACCAGACCCACCCCACAAACCACCAAACCUCGCACAAAAACAAUGCUCUGCUCUCUAACAUCAUACGAUACGAUCGUUCUGGAUCACCGCGGCAACGUCUGCAUUCUAGCAGGCCCGUACUACUAUAACCUGAAUGAAACGAACCCCCCACCGAGAAAGAUCUCCGCCAAGUGGCCAGGGUUGCCCCGAAAAGUACAAGCUGCUAUCACAUAUCGUGACCAGAAAACCUACUUCUACAAAGACGAUCAAUACUGGAAGUACGACAAGCUUCGGCUGGAAAAGGGGUACCCACGCCCAAUAGAAAAUAGUUUCCCUGGCAUUCCCACCGAUGGAUUGGAUGCGAUUCUUACCGUCAAGUCGGGUGGAUUUGUGGCGUUCAAGGGUUCUAAGUAUUGGUUCUAUGACACCACCAAGUCCAAACCGGUCGAGUGGUUCUAUCCGAAGGACAUAACGAGCGAUUUCGCUGGGUUGCCUUCGCAGGUGGACGCUGCGGUGAUGACCACCGCGGGCAGGCGUUUUGUGUUCAGCGGAAUGAGUUAUUAUGAGCUGAAUGAUAGAAACAAGGUAGUGAUGCGCGACGGGGAUGUACGGAGGGAUUGGUUCAACUGUUAAAAUUCAUAAGUGAGAAAUAUCGGAAAAUCUAGUCAUAUUGAGGUGAAUGCGUGUGUGAUGAAUAAAUAUUAAAAAUGUGACUGCAGUGUCAACGCCAAAAGAAAAAGCUUUCUUUCAAUUCCUAAGUACGUCAGAAAACCGAUGAGGUCAUUUUUGAUAGCAGCAUGAAGUAUGACACUUGAGGAUGGCCUUGUUAGCGCAACUCUCAAACAGCUCCUGACGAGUUUCGAAAUUAAAAAUCAGUUUAUUAUUGAACUCUUUAGAUUGGUCAUCUGUGUUUGUGUGUUUAGAAAGCAUUGGUGAGAGUUUUUUGUUUGACCGUACAGAAGAUUAAGAGCAUACAGCUCAACGCAAUUUAGCAAAUGAAUACUCGUAACACCGAAUAAUCGUCAAUAAAUUAACAAGAUACUAAAACACUUUCGGCAAAGCAAAGCUAAUCCUAUUUCAAACAAUUCCAUCGAUUAUUCCGUAAAGUAAGAUUGUUUCAAUCGAAAUGGAUUUCCCAGAAUAUUAUAUUGGUACCAUUCCAUUAUGUUUGCCCUAUCAUCAUCGGUUGGAAGUACGUACAACAACCACUCGUCGUGGAACAACUUCAGCAAUCUUUCCAACCUGGAUUUGUGUACUGCUGCCAUCAUUAUUGCACCAGAAUAGUUUUCCUCUGACCCGGAGAUUCAUCGAAGUGAAGAACAACUGCGUCCUCUGUUUGAGAUU